GCUAUCUGGAAUUUCUAUCCAUUUCAUUCUUGUUGUAUGGACAUCUAUGCAAUAGUGUACUGUUUGUCUACAUUAUUUCGAAUGCGCAUUUAUUGUGUGUGUGUCUUUUGCUGAUUGGCAAGCAUUCAUUAAACAGCGACACUGCACCAACCUUUUCUGGCUAGCUAAAUUUGCUAACAGUAGCUAGCUAACUAACGUUAGCAAGCUGUGUGCAUACGGCAUACCAUAGCAGGCAGCAAUAUUAUAAUGCAAUACAUUAAUUUAGCAGAAAUAUGCUAUGCUAAAAAUGAUUUGAUUAGGCUCGGUUAGUCAAUGCACGGCUUGGCACACGUCCCCAGGAAUCCUACCGCUAGCUGAUUAACUGGCUGGUAAAAACAGCAGCGAGCCGACGGCCACCACCACAACAUGAGUCAGAUUAGCGUUAGAUGUCGGACUCUUUGAAUGCUCUCUCUGCUGCUACUCCUCAUCAUUCAUUUCAGUUCUCCGGCGGCAGAGGGAGAUUCUCUACUAUGACAAUUGAUAUAUUUAGUUACUUAGGCUGUGUUGAUUGAUGGUUACAGAUUGUCAGCAGCCAUUAUCAACACAGAUAUCGGAUAGCUUUGGAAAAUGUUGAAACCCAUGUUGAUCAUCAGAAUCCUCAAUUAAUCUGUCUGUCUUGUUCAUCAGGAGGCAGAAAAUGGAAACCGUGGAAAAAUGGAACAAAUGCCUAAUAUCACCUAAAUUGUUGGAUAGAAAAGUAUUUCCCAAACAAAAUGGCAAGACAGGCAUGAUUGUGAAGCAUCUUCACAACACAUUUAGACUUCAACAUAGUUUACAGAUCCAGUCCAUCAGUCGCUCAGAAUGUGCCACUGGCUCCUGUCCAAAUUUGAUGAUGAGUAGGAAUGAGCACCACGAGCCUCGGCCUGUCCCUGUUGCCCUCACCCCCCAGCUUGUCCCAAGGGCCCACCGGCCCCUCUGCCUCUCCGUCUCCUCAGAUAGCAAUGGCCGCUUCAAAGCUCUGGAGACCCAAGAGUGGAAGAACAAUCUCAAAGCCCAGAUGGAGCAGGCCCACAGUGCAGGAGCAGCCAGCAGCACAGGCUCCCUGGAGAGGGCCUCAUUGUUUUGUGCCUCUGGUUCCACCACGGCCUCCAGCUCUGGCCUAUCCAGCCCUGUGGAGAACCUCACCAAGAGCAAGUCCUCCAGCCGCUUCUCCCUAUUUUCCCCUCCCUGGAACAGUAGCUCAGAGUCCGACUCCAACCCCCCCUCCCGCUCCGGCUCCAAGAAGCUGCGUAACUACAGCAUGAGAGCUGCCACAGGUCCGGCCGGGGUGGGGUCAGUGGGCAGGGCGGGUCCACCAGACACCCCAGACACGCCCAAACAGAACGUCCCGGAGCACUUCCAGUACUCUGAGCCCGUCAUCUCCAAGGUGACGGACUACAUCUUCGUGGGCAACCUGAACGCAGCGUACAACGGGCGCACGCUGUGUCGCAACAACAUUGACAGCAUCAUCGACAUGAGCAGCAUGCCAGGGGACUCCGGCCCAAGUCUCAGCCUUAUCCCCUGCACCUGCUCCCGAGGAGCCCGCCACAGCUGGUCCCGCCUCAAGGUGGACAUCUGUGAUGUCCCAGACGCACUGGGCGAGGGAAGCCCCGCCCUGAAGCAGCACUGCUUCGAGGACAUCAACGAGUGCAUCGAGGCUUCCACGGAAAAAAGGAAACGAGUGCUGGUCCACUGCCGUGACGGGUACUCCCUGGCUCCGACCUGUAUCAUCCAGUACCUCAUGGUGAAGCAGAAUAUGCGGCUGAUCUCGGCUUAUGAGCUGCUGAGGGCCAAGUACCCCGUUAACAUCAGGGAGUGUCACCAGAAUGUGCUGGUGAGCCUGGAGAGAGCUCUGCGGCCUGGAGGCAACGUGGACCCAGAGUGCUUCAAGCAGGCUAUCUCAAGGAAAGUGGCCUGGACCUGACCUGGCUCCUCCCCCUCCACUCCCCUUUCCCUGUAGUUUGGCCCUCUUUACUCCUCCCCCUCCACUCCCCUUUCCCUGUAGUUUGGCCCUCUUUACUCCUCCCCCUCCACUCCCCUUUCCCUGUAGUUUGGCCCUCUUUAUUUUUCUAAUCUAACCGUGGCAUUCAAUGGAUAUUUUUCUAUGGACAAUUUUUGAACGGCAGCUUUACUUUCUGUCAUAGUCAACUGGAUAUGGAGAUGUUGCCACUAACAGUGAGCUUCUAAAGUAUUGGGACAGUGACACUUUUUUUAUGUUUUGGCUCUGUACUUCAGCACUUUGGAUUUGAAAUGAUACGAUGACUGAGGUUAAAGUGCAGACUGUCAGCUUUCAUUUUAGGGUAUUUUCAUCCAUAUCUGGUGAACCAUUGUAGAAGUGUUUAGAAACCAUAUUCUAUUCUUAUUUACAAUAAGUGACUCCAAAAUGACACUACACAUUAUUUACCAUUAAUUUCUAUUGAGCACAAAAUAAUCUGAAACACCACCAAAGCAAAUGCCUCUAACAAGUUUGUAGAGUCUCACAAGCUCGAUAAUCUUUGCGUGCUAGAAAUAUGGGACCAAAUACUACACUUUUGACCAGUUUAAUACAAAUAUAAGUGAAUUUGUCCCAAUACUUUUAGUACAGCACUUUUUGCACAUACCUUCUUAACGGUUCACCGGAUAUGGAUGAAAAUACCCUAAAAUGAAAGCUGACAGUCUGCACUUUAACCUCCGUCAUCGUAUCAUUUCAAAUCCAAAGUGCUGGAGUACAGAGCCAAAACGACAACAAAUGUCAGUCCCAAUACUUUUGAAGCUCAAUGUACUUGCGACACAUCAAAAUGCUUGUGAAAAUGUAAAUGCAAGUUGAUGUAUUUGUCCUCUUCUGAGCCCGUGAAUUUGACUUUGUGAUGUUUCUCCAUAAGCGAUUAGAUGUUUUACUCUUUACAUCUGCUAGACAUGGAAAAUGUUUCAUUCUAGACGGUGACUUCAGGCUGAAUAAGCCCUGUGCUACCUUGGUUUUAUUGUGGUUGUGUUUUUAUUUUAGGGGAAUUUGAAUGGGAGUUCUCAGGAGAACUAAUGAUGAUGUCAUUCCAAUAUAGCUGCAAACACUGCUGAUCUAAUCUGAAAGCUCUGUGUGAAUAAUGGAGGAUGUCACUGCUCUCUUGGAUCUACAUCGGCCAACCACAGGAGCAGAUCAUUACUGUACUUUAUCAGCGACAUGCAGGGGACUUUGCACACGGAUGCCGUUUUGUUGUUGUUGUUGUAAAUCCCUCCCUCACACCUCAAUUGGUCUGUGACCCUCCUGCCACAGACAGACAUAACAAUGUGGUAGCCUCAAGACAUUUUCCAAUAUGGUUCAGAAGACCAGGUGGAAGACAAUGAUUUAUCAUAGAUCAUCCUCUAUGAGGAAAACUAACUUACAUGACGUUCCCUAUCACUUUAACUCACCGUUGUAAACAUUUGCUGUGCUACUUCUUGGAAACUGUGGCUUUGUAAUUUCAGCUGUUGUGUAUGCAAUGCAAAUGGAUGGUCAGUAUCUAUCUCUCUGGAAUGUCAGUAUUCGUAUAUUAUAAAUCAGACUGAAUGGUGAUUCAGUGUUGUACUGCGGGAAAUUCUAUUGCACUACCUAAAAAGGUUCUCCAGAAAUGCACAGUUUGAUGGGUAUUAGUAAGCUGACAUGAAUUUCAACACCAGUUAACUUUUUUAUUGUCAUUGUUCUGUGGUAUGGAAAUGUAUUUUUACAAUUAUUGUUUUGAAGACUUUGUGCUCUAGUGUUCGAUUCAGUUAAUUUGGUCCCAAUAUUUUUCCCUUAAAGGGACAGUUUGUUCAAAAGUAAUAUUUCAAUUAUUUUACUUAUCUUGGAAGUAGUCAGACCAGUAGUGACUACGUCUAGGAUUAGGUUUUCAUUAUUUUGCUUAUCUUGGAAGUAGUCAGACCAGUAGUGACUACGUCUAGGAUUAGGGUUUCAUUAUUUUACUCAUCUUGGAAGUAGUCAGACCAGUAGUGACUACGUCUAGGAUUAGGGUUUCAUUAUUUUACUCAUCUUGGAAGUAGUCAGACCAGUAGUGACUACGUCUAGGAUUAUGGUUUCAUUAUUUUACUCAUCUUGGAAGUAGUCAGACCAGUAGUGACUACUUCUAGGAUUAGGGUUUCAUUAUUUUACUUAUCUUGGAAGUAGUCAGACCAGUAGUGACUACGUCUAGGAUUAGGGUUUCAUUAUUUUACUCAUCUUGGAAGUAGUCAGACCAGUAGUGACUACGUCUAGGAUUAUGGUUUCAUUAUUUUACUCAUCUUGGAAGUAGUCAGACCAGUAGUGACUACUUCUAGGAUUAGGGUUUCAUUAUUUUACUUAUCUUGGAAGUAGUCAGACCAGUAGUGACUACGUCUAGGAUUAGGGUUUCAUUAUUUUGCUUCAGCCACAACAGGCUAAAUGUUAACAUUCUCUACCUCAACACAAGGGUUGAAUGUUGCCCACCUUUAGAACUGUCUGAAUUGCAAAAUCAACUCAAAUUAACAUAACAUUGGAAAGCAAAACUUUAUCUCCAGGGAAUUGUGUAGAGGCUCAUAUGAUUUAUAAAAUAGUUACAUUUCUGUAAAAAAGAAAGAAAAAAAAGAUGGCUUGCUACAGUAAUUUAUCAUAUUCAUAAAAUGCCACUGAUCCAAUGUUAUUGUAGUAUGAUUAUGAUCAUUAACCACUUUUAUCUGACAGAUUUAAUAUUAGAAAUGCUUAUUUUUGUCAGCAGUGGUUGUAGUACAUGUUUGUUGUUCUGUGACCAGUAUGGGUGGAAUGGAAGCUUCAGUACAUGAGUAUGGUGCCUUUGCUUGAAUUUGUCUUGUGCGACUGUACAGUGACACUUGCACACUUUGUAUGCAGUUGUUGGGCGUUGAUAAACAUUUUUCUACUUUAAAAUGUUGCCUAUUGAUGCUGUCAAUGUUUUUAAUUGGAAUACAUGACGUAAGGAUCUUAUGAAAGAAUACAGUUAUGUGAAUUGGUUAUUGCUGUAACAUGUUUUGGUGGUCAGUGAGUGCACAGUCUCAUGUACUAUGCGAAAUGUGGCUGUGACCAUUCAUCCAUGAUGUGAUCAGGGUUACAGAAUGACCCUAACUUUCCCAAAAUUCCCAGUUGUUCCAGAAAUCCUUUUUGGGGGAUUCAGGGUUUUCUGUGUAUUUCCACCUGAUUCCUGGAAUCUACCAACUGGGAUUUCUGGAAAACCUGGGAAUUUUUAAACCCUAGAUGUGAUGAUUCAACAUUUUGUGCACUUCUGCACGCCAUACAAUUUAGGCCAUAGACAGAUGUUUUAACAUUUUCAUGGUGAAUAUACUAUAUUUAAAAAAUAAACGGUUAUAGAAGGUUUAUUUGACCCUUGUGAUGGUGUCUUUGGGUCGUCUCUCAACUUUGGUUUGGUUUUAAAACUUGUUCUCAGGUGAACUGUAUAAUGGCCCAGAAUGUUUUGACUGAACUGUAUAUGAAACCAGAAUAUGUGAAGCUAAGCAUUUCCUGUCGAGUUUUUGGUAGGUGUACAUAUUAAAAAAGACGUUACAUCAUUGCCAUA